AUGUCUAUACCUUCUUAUAAAAACUUCGAUUUCAGUCGCCAAACAGUUAUAGUUCCCGGUUCGGAUAGACCAGGACAGAGUGCUGUCUACAGAAAUGCUGCCUCCCCAGACAAACUUUAUGAUAAUCCAUGUCCCAAGGUCUUCACAUUGUUUGACAGUUUUCAGAACGCCCUUAAGACUAGCAGAAACAAAAGAUGCUUGGGUCAUAGACCUUACGAUAAGCAGACAAAGAGAUUCGGGGACUACGUCUGGCAAACCUAUGAGGAAGUUCUUCAAAGAUUCACUAAUUUCGGUAGUGGAUUGCUGUAUUUGAAUGAGCACGUUUUGAGGAACAAUAAAUCGGAUAAAUUUUCGAUCGGCAUUUGGAGUAUCAAUCGCCCAGAGUUUCAUAUAGCGGAACAAGCAAUCUCGGCAUAUAAUUUAAUAAGUAUUCCACUUUAUGAUUCCCUUGGGCCCAAGGCCGUGAACUACGUUCUUCAACACGCAGAAAUCGAGAUUGUCGUCGCAUCCGCGGAUCACAUCACCGAACUCAUCAAACUAUUACCCAAAACUCAUUUGAAAGUCAUAAUUUCCAUGGAUCCACUAGAGGACUUUCGAAUUGGGUCUUCGGUUGUCCAUCUCUAUACCUUUGAUCAAGUCGAGAAAAUCGGAAGAGAUCACCCUCGAGAAUUCAAUCCACCAAAACCUGAAGAUAUUAGUACCAUCUCUUACACCUCAGGAACUACAGGGUCUCCGAAGGGCGUGAUGUUAACUCACAGAAAUUAUGCAGCGAUGUUGUCUGGUUUGUCUUUCACCUUGCAAGGCAAAGCGGACGACGUGAUAAUAUCUUACUUACCCUUGGCUCAUAUAUUCGGUCGAGGUUGCGAGGUACAGGCCAUAUUUCACGCGUCUGCAAUUGGAUAUUACCAUGGGGAAAUUGAUGGAUUGAUCGAGGACGUUCAAUUACUCAAACCGACGAUAUUUCCUUCUGUGCCCAGGAUAUUCAACAGGAUCUAUAAUACGUUGAUGGAGGUUUAUGUAAAUGCGACGGAUGUGACCGGAGAGAUGACUAGGAGGGCGAUUGAUGAAAAGUUAGAAUUAUGGAAGAGAACGGGAGAGGUCGCGCAUCCGUCUGCCUCAGCACCCAUUGGACCAGAGAUCAAGUCAUUAUUGACAGUUGUGUUUUCUUCGCCAUUCAUCGAAGCAUAUGGUCUGACCGAAGGAACGGGUCUAGCGACCAAUUCAAUAAUAGGAGAUGCACGCGCAUCUCACGUUGGUCCACCUUUUAUCUGUUCGGAGAUAAAACUUGUCGACGUCCCGGAGAUGGAAUAUACAAGUGAAGAUAAACCAUAUCCGAGAGGUGAGAUCCAUGUUCGAGGCCCGAACGUCAUGAAGGGAUACUAUAAGGAUCCAGAGAAAACAAAAGAAACGAUCGAUGAUGAUGGAUGGAUGCGCAGCGGUGAUAUUGGCAUGAUUGAUUCUAGGGGGUGUCUGGUUAUUAUUGAUCGUAUAAAGAAUAUAUUUAAGCUGGCUCAGGGAGAAUAUAUCUCUCCCGAGAAGAUCGAAAUUGUAUAUCAAAGAUUUCUGCUAGUAUCUCAGAUAUAUGUUCACGGGGAUUCUCUGAGGUCAACGCUGGUCGGCAUUGUCGUGCCCCAUCGGGAUGCAUUCAUUCCAUGGGCCGAGGAGCUACUUGGCGAGAACUUCCCUGCAAGAGAUGAUAUCUCAAAGCUACUGGAGGCACUUAGAAACAAUCAAAAGGUCCGAAGUGGAUUGUUGAAAGAGAUCAACAACUUCGGGAGAAGGGAAGGAUUGAAAGG